CGCCGGGGGAAGCCGCGGUCCCCGGGGCCGGGCGGGGAGCGCGGGCUGCGGGGACGGCGCCGCUCUCCCUGCGACCUCUUCCCCGUCUACCCCCCGCAUCUGGCUACCGCAGUCUCCGCCGGCUCCGGCCACAGCUGGCUGCUGCAGUCCGCCCCGCGCUGCCACAUCUGGACCGCCGGGGUUUCCCCCCACCCCCGCCUUCCAUCCUCCCCCUGUUACCUCGGCCACAUCUGGCGGCCGCAUCCUCCCCCCUCACCCCCAGCGGGCCGCAUCUGGCGGGCGCUGUCCCCUUGUCCCCGCCCCCGGGAACAUCUGGCCGGGCGGGAGCAGGGCCGAGCGCCGCCGCCGCCGAGGCAGAGGAGCCGCCGGAGCCCCCGAUGGUGCCGCGGCGCAGCCGGGGAGGUGCGAGGCGCCGCAGCCCGGCCCCGCUGCUGCUCCUGCUGCUCUUGGCGCCGGGGCCGGGGCACGCCUGGACCUACCGCGAGGAGCCGGAGCGCAGCGACAGGGAGGUCUGCUCCGAGAGCCACGUGGCCACCACCCGCUACCCCUGCGUGCGGCCCUCGGGCGAGCUCGCCACCUGCUUCAGGAAAAAAUGCUGUAAGGGUUAUAAAUUUGUGCUUGGACAAUGCAUCCCUGAAGAUUAUGAUGUGUGUGCAGAGGCUCCUUGUGAACAGCAGUGCACAGAUAACUUUGGGCGAGUUUUGUGUACAUGUUAUCCUGGAUACCGGUACGACCGUGAGAGACAUAGGAACAGAGAAAAACCCUAUUGCUUAGAUAUUGAUGAGUGUGCCACAAGCAAUGGGACUCUCUGCUCUCAGAUCUGCAUCAACACUGCAGGCAGCUACCGGUGUGAGUGCCAUGAAGGCUAUAUCCGAGAGGAUGACGGGAGGACCUGCACCAAAGGAGAUAAAGCUGGGCUCUCUGAGAAGGCCGACAAUGCAGUGAAACCAGGAGCUUGCUGUGCCUCAUGCAAAGAGUUUCACCAAAUAAAGCAGACAGUUUUACAAUUGAAGCAAAAGGUUGCUUUGCUACCAAACAAUGCUGGUGACCUUAGCAAACACAUCACUGGUGAAAAGGUGCUUGCUUCCAAUGCCUACAUACCAGGCCCACCUGGCCAGCCAGGGCACCGAGGCCCUCCAGGAGCCCCAGGACCAAAGGGAAGCCAAGGAUUUCCUGGAUCACCUGGACCGCCAGGUGAACCAGGUCCUCGAGGAUCAAUGGGCCCCAUUGGACCAUCUCCUGACAUAUCACAUAUUAAGCAGGGCAGACGAGGCCCGAUGGGUCCACCAGGAGCACCAGGGAGAGAUGGCAGCAAGUUGGCUGCUUACCCAAUGCAUCAGCUCUUCAGCCAGACAACUACACUCAGAGCUGUGCUGAGUGGAGAAAAAGCUCUGUGGCCUGUACUCUUGGCUUGGGGGGAGAGAGGAGCACCAGGACCAAAAGGGACACCUGGCCCUCCAGGCUCAUUUGACUUCCUGCUGCUGAUGAUGGCAGACAUCAGAAAUGACAUUGCUGAGCUGCAGGAAAGAGUGUUUGGACACAGGACUCACUCAUCAACGGAGGAAUUUCCCUUACCUCAGGAAUUCAUGAACUAUCACGACACGGUAGAUUUGGGCUCUGGAGAAGACUACAGACAAAGGACUGCACCCAGGGACCCCAGGACAGAGAAAGCAGCCCAUCAUUAGCCAGGCUUGGUUAAACGUGCCCAAGAAAACUGUGUAGAGCUGUACAGAAAAAAUGCACUGAUGAUAUAAAUCAUUACAUUACUGUCCAGGUUUUUUUUUUAAACAGAACAGGAGAGAUACAAGAGAAGACACAAGAGCAAGAAGAGCUGGAGAGGAAGAGCAGGCAUCACUGAGAUGGCUUAGCUUGUUAUAAACAAAAUCAAUCACUGCUUGACAUAAGCGGUCUGAUUCUGAUCCCACUUUCAUUGGUGCUGGGCAGGGUCAAAGGAGUACAAAGGACAACCUUCCCUCCCCCCAUGCAUGGCACCCUCCUGCCUUCUAAGCAGAGAGGGAAUCAUGUUUGCAAGUGGGAAUGAAGUAUUGAAAAGGCAUUCAUUCCUUACAUGUCUCUACACUGAAAAGUUGGCAUCACAGAAUAGAUUGCACUCCACUCGUAUACAGUAUCUGUUUCAAAUUGCUGAAGCUGAGGGUGUCUUUGCCACCAUUUUAGUCUAAAUACCAUGUGAACAAUUUUUCAGUGUAGUAAGCACAUUUUCCUUCAAUGUCGUAUUUUGCAUGGCUCCUGUUUUACAGCACGUUUAAUGUUAAAUUCCCUGUAAGAAAUGCAUAGGAAAACCUUUUAUUCUCCAUUUUAUUUUCAGGUAUUGAACACUCCUCCAGGAGCAAACUUGAGCAGUGAAACAAACAAGUCUUUCCCAAAAUCUCUGUUUAGUUUUUUAAUCACUUUCUUGCCUUCUUUGCAAGAGAACAAAUGCUAUAAUGUCUGCACCUAUAGCACUGUCCUUGUCAUACAAAUGGUGCAGAUUAGGCUCUAAUGCUGACUCGGCAUGAUGUCAGCAGGGGAGCCAGCAUACUCAGAAAAGCUUCCUGAAGUUCGUGAAAUCUGGAACUCUUGUGUAUAUUUUCUUUGGAGGACAUUUCAGUUCCUCUAACCGCGUUCCAGUUACUUGCCACCUGUAUGUUUCAGGCAAUGUUAAUAAGUAAGGUUAUUUCUUCACUCUUGUUCUCUUGAACUUAAAUGUGUGUCGCACAUUAAAAGGAACUGUGUGAUUGUUGCAGAUUAGACUAAUUACAGUGGUUCUUAUGCUGUGGCUCAGAGACCUUCAAUGUUCUAAAAAUCUCUCUCUCCUGAGUUGCUGAUUCCAGUAAUUCUGACAACCAAGGGUUGGAGAGGUAGUGUUUUGGAAGAACAAAAGUGUGUCCAAGGGACAAAUGGACAGCAAAAUGCAAAUAACCUAAAGCACCAGCAGUGUAUGUGGCCUAGUUAGCUAAUUUCUUGUAAGAACUGCAUAUGCAUGUCAUAUUCAUAGACUCUAAAUGUACACAUAGGUACACAUUUAACACAACCUGCUGGAUCAGGUUGAUUGUUUUUUUAAAUACAGACUAAUGGGGAAUCAUUCAAGAUUCCCUCCCCCUGCAAAUGUGAUCUGAAAUUGGACACUGAUUUUUAGUCUUAGGCUUUGCUUUUUCAGGUGUAUCAAAUAAUGCAUGAGAAGCUUCCUCAGUUUGGGUUGACCAGAGAACUCAAAGGGACAAAUUGCCUUGUUGCAUAGACACACCUGAUGGAAGCGAACUCUCGCCCUGAAUCGAGAUGGUGCCGAGGCGCAUGCCUGACAGUAAGAACAUGAGUAGUUCCACUAAAGACAGUUGGGAUUGAUUAUGUGCUUAAAGUUACCCCCAUGAUGAAAUCCAUUCCUGAAACAGAGCUGUAGUAUUUCCAUCAUGUCAUUCUAGUGCUGGAGGGUGUGGGGUCUAAAGGGCUUUGUCCCUCUAUGGAACAAGCAUGGCAUAGGGUUUAAGGGGAGUAGCUAUUCCCCUUAGUCCUGUCCUUCUGUGUCCCUCCCUCCACAUGGUCCUCACACACACAAAAUGCCCUUAGUUGGAUCCUAGGGACUGGGCCUGGUGCAGCUGAAGCAGGUCUCCUAUUUCCACAUGGCAGGGAACCCCCUUCUGUGCAGACCUGCCUUAGGUGAUCUAAAUGUGGGCAUGUUUAUAGUACAGAUAUGGUUUGUAUGGACCAUUGUUGUUAUGUUUUCAAUUGACCUUAUGGUAAUUUUCACAAUAACUGAGCUAUAUCAGAAAUCAUUUCAUUUAGGAUAGUUAUAUAGGCACAAAUCCUCAGAUAGAAAGGUAAGCCAUGUUCUUUUCUUCAACUAACCUGAAACUUCGUAUAAAUGCAGAAGUAUAGCUUCCAGAUUCCAGCUGGGUCACUGGGAAAGGGGUUCUUUGGCUGUAAAUAAUUUUUCAUUAUGGCUCUUAAAAUUAUAAGAAGCAAGAAUCCAACAUAUGAACGUACAAACAGCUGCUCUUACAUCUAGUAUCAUUAUUUAGUCUCCUGCACAUGACGGCUUUGUUUUGUAUAAUUAAAUACUAUUAUAAUUUUAUUAGAAAGAAAUAAGUUAAAAUGUUGAGUUAUAAACAGAAUGAUGAUAAAGAGUUCAUUAUUUUAUUAAUGUGGGAUAUAAAAGAUAUUUAAUGGAAACAUCUGCAAAAUUGUGUAGUGGUGGAGAAAAUCAUAAUACUUGUGGGUUUGUGUUUAUUUCUAAGAAAAUCAACGAAGCUGGUGGAGUUUUCCCUAUACAAGCUAUUCUCAUAAAUUUGAAAUACUGAAGUAAAACAGUCACCUGAAAGCUGUCCUUGUAACCAGGGUUAUUCUGAAAAAUAGGGGGGAAAGUUAAGAUUAAGUGGCCUUAGAUUAAUCCAUGCAGAAGUCAUUGGUAUUUCAGGUAAGGGUUUCUAACAAGUCACUGUCCAGUUGUAUUUCAUAAAUAACAUGUUAGAAUCCAGUCGGUAUCAAUGUAAGAUGAGGACUGGGUCUGUGAAUUUGUUUUUCAUUUGCCAACAGGCACACAAGUUUUGUUAUACAUUUUGAUAAUUAUACUGCUCUCUUUAUUUAUAAUAAGUAUAUGAAAUACUAGAUUAUGUAUAAAAUGAUUGUGAUUAUAUGAAGUAUUCUUAAUAACAAAGAUAUUUUUCUUA